AUGAUACCAUACCCAAAAACAGAAUUGCCAAUAAGCACAGUACAGUGGACAGGAGCACUAAUAGUAAUAAUAUUAGCUAUUUCUAUGAUUAUGUUCUGCUGUAUAUCCUCAAUGAAUAGAAAAGCAGAAAUAAGAUACAAGCACUUACUAAGUAUUCUUGAGAAAAGCCAAAUAAACAGUACAACUAUUCCUAUGAACAAUACUACUGAUCAUGUAAUUACAUAUGACCAGUUCAUUAAUAAUAACAAAAAUACAGAAAAAUCAAUGCAUUCAAUGAAAACCACUGAAUGCCCCAAAGUAUAA